AUGAGUAUCCCGAAUGGACAGCAGCAUGCCUUUCUGCAGCAACAAGGCCAACAGCAGCAAGUUCCUCCAGCUACGGAUGAGCUCCUUCGUCAGUGUUUGCACCUGAUGACACAAGUUCUCCAGCAACAGCAGAACAGUCAGCAGUCACAAGAGAACUUCAUCAGGCAAGUCGUUUCGGAAGUGCAUGCGGGCGCAGCACCCAGUCCGGAACAAAUUCUCGAUUCCCUUGCUGGGAAUAUCAAGGAGUUCCGCUACGACGCGGACAAUAGCAUCACGUUUGCAGCCUGGUUCACGAGGUACGACGAGCUGUUCGAAAAGGAUGCUACUCGGUUGGACGACCAAGCGAAGGUCAGAUUGCUGCUCAGGAAGCUGGGAACAUCUGAACACGAAAGGUACGUCUCUUUUAUUCUGCCGAGAACACCGAAGGAACAUACUUUUGCAGACACGGUCGCAAAAUUGAAAAGUUUGUUCGGGGCGAAAGAGUCGGUGAUCAGCAGACGAUACAGAACCCUUCAGAUCGCUAAACAACCGACCGAAGACCACAUCGCUUACGCCUGCCGUGUGAAUAAGCUCUGCGUCGAGUUCGAGCUGGGAAAGUUGUCAGAGCAACAGUUCAAGUGCUUGAUGUUCGUGUGCGGACUAAAGUCUGAGCGUGAUUCAGAGACUCGGACCCGACUUCUAUCACGGAUUGAGGAGAACAAUAACCUCACAUUGGAGCAAUUAUCGAAUGAAUGCCAGCGUCUCAUCAAUCUCAAACACGAUAAUGCUAUGAUCGAAUCUGCUGCAUCUUUCGAUCAGGUUAAUCAGCUCAAGCAGAAAUAUGACAGUAAUCGUAACAGACGUCAGCUGUCUCACAGGUCAGAUGCGAACAACACAAAGCGGAAACCCAAUACUCCGUGCUGGUAUUGUGGUGCGUUCCAUUAUGUUCGUGACUGCCCAUACAAGAACCGUCAAUGUCCCGAUUGUAGUCGGUACGGUCAUCGUCAAGGAUACUGUGCAAGUUCCAAGAAGAAGAAGAGAGGUGGAAAACGUUCGGUUGCCAGCAGGGUUGUCGUUGUCAACAUGUGCAACGUGCAGAGGCGGCGUAAAUUUGUCUCCGUUGUGCUAAAUGGAACUCACAUCCAUCUUCAGUUAGACACAGCGUCCGACAUCACGAUCAUCAGCAAACCGAUCUGGCGAAAGGUCGGUAGUCCCAGAUUAUCACCAUCUACAGUGAAGGCGAAAACAGCAUCUGGGAACAUUUUGCCACUCGAAGGUGAAUUUCGCUGUGACGUCACCAUCGGCGGAAACACUCGCAGCGAAAUUAUCCGGGUAUCUAGUUCUUCGACUUCCAGCGCAGCGCUUAGUUCUGCAUUUCCAGAAGUUUUAAGUGAGAAAUUUGGGCUCUGCAAUAAGGUACAGGUGAAGUUAGACGUAAAGGAUCAGUGCAAGUCCAUUUUCUGUCCCAAACGCCCGGUUGCGUACUCUAUGUACAACGCAGUCGAUCAAGAGUUGGACCGGUUACAGCAGCUGAACAUCAUUACACCGGUCGACUACUCGGAGUGGGCAGCACCAAUCGUCGUAGUGCGCAAAGCAAAUGGUGCCAUUCGUGUUUGCGGAGAUUAUUCUACAGGACUCAACUCCGCUCUUCAGCCUCACCAAUACUCGCUCCCUCUUCCAGAAGACAUCUUCGCUAAGCUGGCUAACUGCAAAGUUUUCAGUCAGAUCGAUCUUUCGGAUGCAUUUUUGCAAGUUGAGGUCGACGAGCAGUUUCGUCAUCUGCUCACCAUCAACACGCACCGUGGUUUGUUUCAUUACAAUCGUCUUCCACCUGGUGUAAAGGUAGCACCGGGUAUCUUCCAGCAGCUCAUCGACACCAUGCUAGCCGGGUUGGAAAAAGUUUCCGGUUAUCUCGAUGACGUUAUCGUUGGCGGUGAAGACGAAGCAGCUCACAACCGCAACCUGAAAGCAGUUCUUCAGCGAAUCCAGGAUUUUGGGUUCACCAUUCGAGCCGAAAAAUGUACCUUCGGCAAGAAGCAGAUACCUUAUCUGGGCUACAUUGUUGACCAUCGAGGUCUGCGUCCAGAUCCAGCCAAAAUCGAGGCAAUAGUGCAGCUUCCGCCUCCCACUGAUGUUCACGGUGUACGUUCCUUCCUCGGGGCGAUCAAUUAUUACGGAAAGUUUGUCCCGAACAUGCGAAUGCUUCGCUUCCCGCUGGACAAUCUGCUGAAAUCGCAGAUUCCCAGAUGGCUCCAUCAAAAUAGUACAGCAUGCUUCCAGAGCACUUACGAAGGCAGAGCAGAACUACAGUCAACCGGAUCGUGA